UCCACGCGUCUCCGCGGCGGAAUUUCUAGUGAAGGGCACCGCGAUGAACGUGGACUUCAGAAAAGGCUUCAACUAACAGGGAUCCGCGUAAAACGAGAGGAGAGCUGACGCUGUGCUCACCGGCGGGCGCAGGCUGAGAGUUCCGUUCUGCGUGUUUUUAUGAUUAUUAUUUUUAAUCUCGCACCUGCUCACGCGCGCUGAGCGGAACAUCCCGAGUCGGAGCCAACUUGCACUACCGCACUUGCCGGUAGUUGUCCCAUAAGGAGCCGAACCUGCGAGCUUACGGGGGAUGCUGAGAGGGUUUCUGAUCUCCGUUACUGCUCCUGCUGAGCGCCGGGCUGGAAGGGUAGCUGGCGUGUCCUGGGGAGGAUGCUGAACAGGGGAGUGAUUUGCUGAUACGUCAUAUACUGCAGAAUGAAAUGGCAUUUUAUCAAAUUACCACAACAGAUACUGCAGCAACGUGAGUACAUAAAGAAGUAUCCAGGUGCAAUACACCCGCUCUGGCAGUCAUGAGGAAUAGAGGGCUGAAGUCACAGUCCUGAAGAUUGAUGGAGGGCCAUGCUAUUCAAACAGCAGGCAUUGCUGAGACAGAAGCUCUUCGUUUUGGGCAGCCUUGCUAUCGGAAGUGUCCUCUAUCUCGUGGCCAGGGUUGGGACUUUGGAUAGGCUACAGCCCAUUUGCCCAGUUGACAGCAGACUGCCCGCCCCUGAACCAGAGCAAAUUCCUCUCCGCACUCUGCAGUUUAAGCGUGGCCUCCUACAUGAAAUCCGUAAGGGCAAUGCCACCAAAGAGCAAAUUCGCCUGCACAACCUGGUCCAGCAACUGCCUCAGGCCAUUAUCAUCGGGGUGCGUAAAGGUGGCACCCGUGCCCUGCUGGAAAUGCUCAACCUGCAUCCAGCAGUUGUCAAGGCUUCACAAGAGAUCCACUUCUUUGACAAUGACCAAAAUUACGCUCGUGGCAUCGACUGGUACAGGGGGAAAAUGCCCUUCUCCUUCCCUCAUCAGAUCACCAUUGAAAAGAGCCCCGCUUACUUCAUCACAGAGGAAGUCCCUGAACGGAUAUUCAAGAUGAACUCUUCCAUCAAGUUGCUGAUCAUUGUGCGCGAGCCUACCACCAGAGCUGUGUCGGACUAUACCCAAGUGCUGGAGGGCAAGGAGCGCAAAAACAAGACCUACCACAAGUUUGAGAAGCUGGUCAUUGACACCAACACCUGCGAGGUGAACACGAAAUACAAAGCAGUCCGGACCAGCAUCUACACCAAACAUUUGGAGCGUUGGUUGAAGUACUUUCCCGUGGAGCAGUUUCACAUUGUGGAUGGGGAUCGCCUUAUUACAGACCCGCUGCCAGAGCUGCAGCUUGUUGAGCGCUUCCUUAACCUCCCCUCCAGGAUCAGCCAGUAUAACCUGUACUUCAAUGCCACCAGGGGAUUUUAUUGUCUGCGAUUUAACAUUGUCUUCAACAAGUGCCUGGCAGGCAGCAAGGGCCGCACCCAUCCGGAGGUGGACCCAUCAGUAGUGACUAAACUGCAAAAAUUCUUUCAUCCCUUCAAUCAGAAGUUUUACCAGAUCACUGGUAGGACAUUCAACUGGCCAUGAUGAGCUCAAACUCCUCUGAUAAGAUUCUUUGAAUUGGUGUUUAUUUAAAAAUGCCAAAUUCUGAGACCUCGAAAGACAUUAGUAGCACUUUGAUGGCAUUUAAUACCAGGAUGACAGUGUGACCAAAUAUAAGAGGAACUUGAUGUAAAUUUGUUUUCAAAUGUGUGAAAGAAAAAAAGAACAAAAUAGUUUCAUGGUUUGACUAAAAGCUGCAGUUCAAAGCACUUGAUCUUGCAAAUGAACUCACUUGUCUGUCAAUGUUUUCCCCAUGUAGAGAAAAAAACUGUAUUGAGCUGUGUGAUUAACUAAAGAGAUUAUUUUUAAGAGACUAUCAAACACUGACAUUCAUGCUGUUAAGAUAAGCUAUAAGUGUGAUGCUUUUUUUCAUGAAAAAACACCUUCAAAACCGAACAGAAAAAGUUCAUCAUUCCUUAUCGUGGUGUUUACCUGGCCAAAACUGCAUGUAAAAUCCAGUUGCCGGUAUAACACAGUAGACUUUUGUGUUUGCUCAUUGUGUUUUAUUUAACGCCUGCUGUGAUCAGUCCUUUAGAACAGCGGUCCCCAACCUUUUUUGUGCCACGGACCGGUUUAUGCGCGACAAUAUUUUC